UGUUCGAGCGAGAUGAAUCCGGCGGCCAUGGCGGCGCUGGGGUCGAAGCUGGCGACGCUGGGGUCGGCGGCGCGGGAGGCGGCGAGGGUGGCGGCGAGGCAGGGGUGCGCGUACAACAAGGCGGUGGUGGAGGGGAGCAGGCAGCUGCAGUCGAGGGCGUGCGAGGCGACGAGGAGCGCGGCCAAGCACGGGCGCGCGUUCCACGAGGAGCUCAUGGAGCGGAACAAGCGCUACGUCAUCGACCCGCCCACCAUCCAGACGUGCCAGGAGCUCUCCAAGCAGCUCUUCUACACCCGCCUCGCCAGCAUCCCUGGCCGUUACGAGUCGUUCUGGAAAGAGGUUGAUGGCGCAAAGCUCUUGUGGAAAAACAGGAAGAAUCUAAAUCUAAAGGCCGAGGAUAUUGGCGUUGCAACAUUGUUUGGUAUUGAGUUGAUAGCAUGGUUUGCUGGUGGUGAAGUCGUUGGUAGAGGAUUUACUUUCACAGGCUACCAUGUCUAACCUCUUACUUCUAGCAAGAACGACCACACACUAGUCAUACAUCAUCAGUAAGAUAUUGUGUUAAUUUGCUACUUAGUAGAAUAUGUCUAGUCUGAUCUUAGAUUCCUAUAAUUCAAGGAGAUAGUAGUAGUUUUUCUCUUCGGCACGAUACAAGUUUUGUUAUUCUUGUUAUGCCACCAAACAGCAUACAUGUGAAACAGCCAUGACAAACUAAUUGGUUUAUUUAUUAUAUCUAUAUAACAUAUGGUUUAUUUAUUAUACUCUGUUUGGAGU